AUAGGAAAUAGCAUGGCGCUCCACUAUCAACAGCGCAUCCUCACUCGCUUCCUGUCCAUUUCCUUCCGCUCGCCUUCCUUCCGAUUCCAUCGCUCCUCUCCCUCUCGCUUCUUCUCCAUUUCUUCCUCUUCCGCCGCCGACGCAGCAGUUGCGACCGAAUUCCACCUUCCCGCUCUCCCCAAACAACUUCAGCUCGACACGCCUCUCAGCCCGCUGAUCCCCGACAGAUCUCUGAACGAUAUCCCGCUCGAUAAGCUCUUCGUGCCGCCGGAGGUCGAGCUACCAGCAGCGGCGAACUCGGUGGCGAGGGGCCGGAUUCUCAAGUGUUCCAACAUCGUGUUGGGAUCAUACUCGUUGGAUCCUCAGGUGAGCACGGCGGAGUUCGUGAAGAGCAGCACUUGCACCGAGGAUUGCCCCGCCGACUCCCUCCCAGACUUCGCUCUCGUCGGUCGCUCAAACGUUGGGAAGUCCUCCCUUCUCAAUUCACUCGUCCGCCGCAAGCGUCUGGCCCUCAUCUCCAAGAAGCCCGGUAAAACACAAUGCAUCAAUCAUUUCCUGAUAAACGAUAGCUGGUAUCUCGUGGAUCUACCUGGAUAUGGAUAUGCAUCAGCACCCCAGAAACUUAGAACUGAUUGGGAUGGGUUCACCAAAGAUUAUUUUUUGAAGAGGGAGACAUUGGUGUCUGUAUUUCUUCUUAUAGAUGCCAGUAUUCCUCCAAAGAAAAUUGAUCUUGAAUAUGCCAGUUGGCUCAGUCAGAAUCAGAUUCCGAUGACUCUCAUUUUCACAAAGUGUGACAAACGCAAGAAGAAGAAAAAUGGUGGGAAGAUGGCAGAGGAGAAUGCUGGAGCUUUUCUCAGCUUAAUCGCCGAAUACUUCGAGGCUGCGCCAGCUUGGAUUAUGGCGAGCAGUGUGACGAAUAUGGGUCGAGACGAGAUCCUUCUUCACAUUGCCCAGCUCAGGAAUUACUGGCUCAAACACUGAACAACAACCUCUCUGCAUUUAUUUGUGAGUCUCACCUAAUUUUUCAGCAAUGUUAAUAGAUAGGAAGAUUUACAUACGUACCACUCAAUUCCUAUGUAUUUACAUAUCUAACUCCUAAACUUCACU